UAUUUCUAAACUUCACACGCCCCUCAUUGAAAGUGACUACCACUGAAGACUUUUUAGACAGCAGUUUCGCCCACUCAGCACCCUGACUUCCCAUUUCAGUACUAUAGUUUUGAAGCCCAUGGGCUGCUGUCCGUGUAUCCUGGCACUCGGUGUUCUUGAAAAGGUUUGAAGCGGAGCCGACAUGGACUCCAGCAGCACGACUUCCAAAACGCAGAAGCUUUUAGUGCGUAUCUAAUGUGAGCCGGCUGGAACAAGAAGACGGACGAACAAGAAGAAGAAGAGAGAGGAGCAACAGCGACUGGUCCUUAGCUCGAAAAGUUAAAAGUUUGUUGGUGAAAUUAGACGAAUUUUCUGAAGCACGACACGAUAGCAACACUUGUUGAGGAUCCUUGUUGGGGGUCAAUCAUCAUCCUGCUUGACAGCGCUACACCGAAAAGUCAUCACAAUGGGAAGGUUAUUCAUCAGCCCUAGCACACCCAACAAGUCAAUGGUGUUCACCUCCAUCUUCAACUCCAGCUGUCGCUUCGAUGAGGAGUUCAAAUACAUCCUGCUUCCAGUGUCCUACAGUCUGGUGUUUGUGGUCGGUUUCGUGCUCAACGCUGCAGCUCUGUGGCUCUUCCUGAAGAUGCGUCCGUGGAACCCGACCACAGUGUUCAUGUUCCACCUCGCCCUCACCGACUUCCUGUACGUCCUCUCGCUGCCCACUCUCAUCUACUACUACGCCAACCGCAGUCACUGGCCCUUUGGGGUGGCUGCCUGCAAAGCUGUGCGAUUCCUCUUCUAUGCCAACCUUUACUGCAGCAUCCUCUUCCUCACCUGCAUCAGCGUGCACCGUUACCUAGGAAUCUGCCACCCCAUCAAGGCGCUGACCCUAGUCAAGUCCCGCCACGCCCAUCUGGUGAGCGGCAUGGUAUGGGCAGUGGUGACCAUCUGCUUGGUGCCCAACCUCAUUUUUGUCACCACAUCCAGGAGAGACAAUGACACUCUCUGCCACGACACGACCAGCCAGGAGGCAUUUGAGGAGUACGUGGACUACAGUUCAGUUGUCAUGGUGCUCCUGUUUGGAGUCCCUUUCCUGGUCAUCGUGUUGUGUUACUGCUUAAUGGCUCGAGCCCUGUGUCGGCCCAGACAAGGAGUUUCCGCAGGCCAACGGGGUGCUGCCUCGCGUCAGAAAUCCAUCAAGCUCAUCGUUGUUGUAUUGGUGGUGUUUGCCGUGAGCUUUGUCCCGUUUCACAUCACACGGACCAUCUACUACACGUCCCGUGUAUUAGAUCUGAACUGUGAAUUCCUCAACAUUGUUAACUUUACAUACAAGAUCACCAGGCCACUGGCGAGCAUCAACAGCUGCAUUGAUCCCAUUCUGUAUUUCUUGGCAGGGGAUCACUACAGGUCAAAACUGAUGUCUGCUCUAACUGGAAAAAGACAAACGACAAGCAGCCAAAGCCCUGAACAGGCACAAACACAGCCAAUCAAUAACCACAACAUCGCUCUGGUGUAUAAAAACUCAGCUCUGAAAGACAGUGGAGAAAUCCAGAGAUAGUGUGAAAUAUGUAUUGACAAUUCCUACUCCAGGCUAAGCUAACUUUUACAAUGUAGGAAGAGAACCAGCUGCUGUUAUCUUCCUUUUUUUAUUUUGCACUAAGAGAUAUGGAAGAGAAUCUGAUUACCACAUUUUUUCACAGUGUGUGAUAGUACUCCAUUAAACCUCUGUAAUAACCCGUGUUUUGAUUACACUCACUUUCUUGAGGUCGCUGUGUUAGACAGAUGAAAUUGAAGCAGUUUUUAACCUAAGAGUUUUUACUGUCAGGUGUUCCUCUUUGUUGAGAAAAUGAUUCCUUUCUAGUAGAAAAGUUUCCUGCUUGAUUUUUUAAAUAAUGGGAACAGCAGCAGUGACAAAGGUGGUCACAGCUGCUCUAAAGUCCAUUUUGAAAGAUUCAGUUUGUGUGUGUAAGAUAGUACAAGUACUGAUCUAACAUAUAAUAACAAAUAUGUCUGAUUUACUGGCUGUUUCUGUCUCCAAAAUUAGGCAAUCCUUCCUGUUUUAUCAACAUUUUAUGUGUUACCAAGAAACUGCAGCUCUUGACACCAGCUGUUUUUGUCCUUUACUUUUCACAGUUGUCUGUCUCUUGCUCCACUAUGGAGCAACAACAGAGACGCUGAUCUGGACGAGAGAUAUCAUUUACAAACCGCCCAUGCAUCAUUAGAAGAAUAAUGGAUUUUCCUUUUCACUUCUUUACCUUUGGGAUUGAUACAUGAAAUCUAAAAGCUUGUUUGCUAUCAGGACUCUAGGCUAAACUCCUUGAUAGUUUUAGUCAGAGUAGGAAACUUUUACUUACUGUAAUUCUACAGAGUAGGAAACUUUUACUUACUGUAAUUCUACAGAGAGUAGGAAACUUUUACUUAUGGUUUUUCUACAGAGCAUCCGUCACUCUAGCCUUGUUUAUAAUGUUGAUGUAUGCAGCAGAUGUUUUAUACAGCUCUGUGUCAUAUGUUUUCUCAUGAUACUAUAUAAAAGUAGUAUCUGUAAAGAUGUUCUUUAAAUAACAGAUAUUUAUCAUGCAGUGUGAAUGUGAGAGUUACUGUGGAUUACUGUGUGUCAUGUAUCAUGUAGGCGAUGAGUAAGAAAUCACCGAAAGUACAAUAUUAACCAAACUCCUUCUAUACAUGUUUUAUUUAGGGUAUUUAUGUGAACCAUCUGUGAAGCAAACCUGUAACUAACGUCACUUAAUUUGACCUAAAUACAGUAGAUGCAGUAGAGCUGAUGUUUGGGAAUAGAAAGCAGAGUAUCUCAGGUUUCAGGAAAUAAGGGAGAAACAAAAACACCAAAGUGAUGACAAAAACAGUUUUGAUCUUUGAUUUCAUACAAACAAAGAGGGCUUUUCUUUAAUAAGAUUGUUUGCUUCAUUUCCACUAUAUCUAUGAUAAAGUUUAUAUUAUGUGACAAAGAUAAAAAGAUAGAUAUAUUUACACUAGCAUACAAGAUUAGGGCCUUCAAUCAUAAUGUUUCUAAAGUCCCUUUAAGGUUAUAAAACCUGCAGUACUUUCUGCAGUAAUACCA